AUGAGCGAAAUUCCAAACCUCAUUGUCAAUGAGGAAUUCAACAUUGCUAGUCAAAAAGACCCUUGGUUCCCAAAAAGAAAAUUCUCUAUAUAUGAUGAUCAACAGCUUUGUCGCUCCUAUCUCUAUGUUGCCUUUGACGCAGAUUAUAGCCCUGAGCAAAAGAGUAGCGGCAGUACCUUUUGGUCGAAGAUAAAAGAGCACUAUCGCGAGAAUUCUAUUGUGGGCUCUGUGGAGCGUCAUUCUCGUGCCUUACCUGCUCGCUGGCAUAUCAUAAGUAAGGCAGUGAACAAAUAUGCCGAAAUAGUCAAACAAGUAGAAAAGUCAAAUGAAGACAACCCAAACAUCGACAAGGCAAGUGAUUUUUUUUAUUAG